AAAUAAUUUGACACAAAAACUGACCACAACAGACUCCUUUGUAUCAACGCUGGUGGAAGAUAUGACGCGGGAAGUUUGGCAAAGAUAUACAUUUUGUACUAUUCCGCCAAAUGAAACAAACUAGUUAACGGCUGGCUAACUCAGUUAUGCUUCUCCUGUCUUCUGCCAUAUGGACACACUGUCUUUGUUCCUUUUGUUCGUAUAAUUGUUAACGUAGGAACUUUGUUCUUUCUUUUGUUCAAGGUUUUUGUCAGUGAUUGAUCUGUAGUAGCCUCAGACCGCAGUCAUGGUGUUGAUCCUGGGACGCCGUGUGAACCGCGAGGAUCCGGCAGUCGUGUGCGACUUGCCUGCUGUGAAGCGCAAAGUCUUCGAGAUGGACCCCAAGAAUGUGGACGACAGCAUGGACUUCUCAUCAGGCUCGUCACAUGCUGAGAGUGUGCUGCACAUCUUUGACGAGUUUCGCACAAGUCGGCUGUUCACAGAUGUUGUGAUUGGUGUGCAGGGGCGAGAGUUUCCCUGCCAUCGCGCCAUGCUCUCUGCUUGCAGCAGCUACUUCAGGGCCAUGUUCUGCAAUGACCACCGUGAGAGCCGGCAGACUGUGGUGGAGAUCAGUGGUGUCCAGGCGGACGCCAUGGAAGUCUUGUUGCAGUAUGUCUACACGGGCCGUGCCACAAUUACCACGCAAAAUGUGCAGUAUCUCUUUGAGACAUCCAGCCUCUUCCAGAUUGGAGCCCUGAGGGACGCCUGCGCCAAAUUCCUUGAGGACCAGCUGGAUCCAUGUAACUGCCUCGGCAUGCAGCGCUUCGCCGAGGUGCAUUCACUCAAGCAGCUGGCUGGACGCUGUCGAGGCUAUGCGCUGCAGUAUUUUCCAGAGGUGGCACAGCAUGAGGAGUUCCUGGACUUGCGCAAGGAGGAGCUGGAGGAUUAUAUAGCGAGCGAGGAGCUGUGCGUGAGCAGGGAAGAGGUGGUGUUUGAAGCUGUCAUGAGGUGGGUCUACCACAGCGUGGAGUACCGUCGGCCAAUGCUGAAGGAGCUGCUCCAGCACGUCCGGCUGCCACUACUGCACCCCAAUUACUUUGUACAGACGGUGGAGGGAGAUAAGCUGAUCCAGAACGCUCCUGAGUGUUACCAACUGCUGCAUGAGGCCCGGCGCUACCAUGUGCUUGGCAACGAGAUGAUGUCACCUCGGACCCGCCCACGCAGGUCAACGGGUUUUUCCGAGGUGAUCGUGGUGGUUGGAGGCUGUGAGAGGGCAGGAGGCUUUAACCUGCCUUACACAGAUUGUUAUGACCCUGUUAUGGGUGAGUGGAAGUCACUGGCGAAGCACCCUGAGUUCACCAAGUCGGAGUAUGGAGUGUGUGCCCUGCGCAACGACAUCCUGGUCUCAGGUGGACGCAUCAACAGUAGUUAUGUGUGGAUGUACAACUCUCAGCUGAACCUGUGGAUCAGGGUGGCGUCGCUCAACAAGGGCCGCUGGAGACACAAGAUGUCCGUUCUGCUCGGAAAGGCAUACGCAGUCGGAGGAUAUGAUGGUCAGAGUUGCCUCAGUAACGUGGAAGUGUACGACUCCUUCUCUAACCGCUGGACGGAGGUGGCUCCACUGAAAGAGGCUGUGAGCUCUCCAGCUGUGGCCAGCUGCGCUGGGAGACUGUUCGUCAUCGGCGGAGAACUAGACGAGAACAGCUGCACAGAUAAGGUGCAGUGUUAUGACCCGGAGACAAACAGCUGGCUUCUGCGCGCCAACAUUCCCAUAUGUAAGCGCAACAUCUCGGCCGUGUCUCUGAACAGUAUGGUGUACGUGUGCGGCGGCCUCACCAAGUGCAUCUACUGCUACGACCCAGCACAGGACUUCUGGAUGCCUGUGGUCAACACCUUCAGCAGACAGGAGUGCUGCGGCAUGUCGGUGUGUAACGGAAAGAUCUUCAUCCUGGGAGGACGGGGCGAGAACGGUGUGGCUUCUGACAGCAUCAUGUGCUAUGACCCUGCCUCCGGCAUUCUAACGGGUGUCGCUGCCAUGCCCCGCCCCAUUUCCUGUCACGGCUGCAUCACUAUACACCGUUUCGACGAGAAGCUGCACCGGACCUGAGAGUGACACUGCAUAUAUACACACACACACACACACACACACAAUAGAAACACAGCGGGAUCUGUUAAAACACUCAGAACAACAAUCUGGACUGUACUGAUGUUAAAGAGUUGAGCUCGGACUUGUGUGUUUUGUUCAGCUUUUCUUCAAGUUGAUCAAACAAUCUUUAAUAUCUUAAAAGAGCUGAUCUCCUAAUUUCACAUCGCUCACCACAAUAACAAGCUAAUUUUUCACACUGUUCUAUUAUAUGCAAGUAGCCCACCUCCUCUACUUUUGUCCGAUCUCUUACUUUUUCGUCGUCAUUUAUUUUUCGCUUAUUUUAACCCAAGAUAUUUCGCCUUUUUUUCUAUUCCAUUUUAACUCCGCCUUUUGCACUUAUUUCUGGCAUGUUUUACUCAUAUUCAUUACUGUAGUCUCGUCUGUCUCGCCUGUCACUCUCUCUCUCUCUGCCUAGUAAAAGAAUGUAAAUCACACUUCUUUAGAGUUGAUUACAUGCUGCAAUGUGUGCAUUCCUAGCAUGCAACACUUCAUAGUAUUUUGUGCUUCACACAAAACUCUACACAGAGCAGUAGUAGCAAGUCAUAUAUCAGCUGCUUCUCAAUUUGUUCUUUUGUUUGAAUUCUUUAAGUCCAUUCAUCUGACUUGCUUGUUAUUUCUUGUUAUACUAUUACUCUCUCACUAUCUUUUUCGUUUUUAAAAAUUAAUUCAGAGUUCGUUCACCUUACACGUUAUUCAUUUAUAUACUCAGCAAAAAAAGAAGAAGAAAGAAACGUCCUCUCACAUUCAACUGCUUUUAUUUCCAGCAAAUUUCUUAACAUGUGAAUACUUGUAUUAACAUAAAAAGACUCAACAACUGAGAACAAGUUUCACAAACAUUUGAUGAACAUAAAUGGAAUAAUGUGUCCCUGAACGGGGGGCGGGGUUAGUACUACAGUGCAGCUCAUCCUCAUGGACUGCACCAGAUUUGUCAGUUCUUGCUGUGAGAUGUUACUCCACUCAUCCACCAAGGCAUUUGCAAAUUCUCGAGGUGGAGGGGACACAUGGUGACAUGUAAUUUUCCACUGCAAGGACGAUCAGCUGUCCUUCCUGUCUCCCUGUAGCACUGUCUUAGGCGUCUUACAUUACAGACACUGCAGUUUAUUGCUCUGAACACAUCUGCAGUCCUCAUGUCCCCCUGCAGCAGGCCUAAGGCAUAUUCACGCAGGUGAGCAGGAACACUAGACAUCUUUCUUCUGGUGUUUUUCAGAGUCAGUAGAAAGGUCUCUUUAGUGUCCUAAGUUAUUGUAACUGACCAUAAUUGCCUACCGCCUGUAAACUGUUAGUGUUUUAAUGACUGUUCCACAGGUGCAUGUGCAAUAAUUGUUCAUUGAACAAGCAUGAGAAACAUAAACCCUUUCCAGUAAAGACCUGUAAAUUUUAUUUGGAUUUUAUAGAAUUAUCUUUAAAAUCCAGUCUUGUGAAAAAGGGACGUUUCUUUUUUUUUGCUGAAUUUUUUUGUAUUUAAUACCAUUUGAACUUUUUAUUAUUUGUAUUUUUUAAUGACAUUGUAUUUUGCAGUAUAUAAAAGUAACGUACCAUAUAGCCGAUAUAUGAAUUUCCUUGACCAGUGUCAAAAUGUGUGACUUAACACCUCUUUUAUUGGCACUUGAUAUGUUUUCCCUCUUCAAUUUUUUUUUUUUUUUUUUUAACACAUUUUCCUUGUGAUAAUACUGAUUUUGAAACCUAUAUCGGUUUCUUAUUCUAGCUGAUAGACUUAAAAACGCUGCCACACAGAACACAGUCAUGUGGCCAACACAGAGAGACGGACCGUUCUGAAUCAGGUGGUGUAAUUGCUGUGAAACUUUUCAUUUACAUUCUUCUUAUUUAAAUGUGUCUUGGUGUGUGUGUAUAAGUGUGUGUGUGUGUGUGUUUAAAAGAACCCCAAUCAUGCACUUAAUGUCAUGUUUCUACGUGUGUCAUUGUUAGUGCUGUUGUAUCUUAAUUUAAAUACAUUGUUUUCUAUUUGUGUAUUUUUAUUAUGUAUUAUAUUAUUAGCACGUUUUAUACUUCUGUUUGUACUGUACGCCACUUUCCUUGCAUGUAUUAGACGUAAUUUUCAAGAACUCCGUUUUAAUUUUACAUUCAACUAUACUAACUAUAUAACAGAAUUCAUACUAGGCAAACAAAGUGAAUUCUUAUUUUCCCCCCAUUUGUUUUGUUUAUAUGACCUUUGUGGUAUAUUGGCAUUGCUGCUUGAAAAUAAUACCUCAAGCAGCUUUAAGUUUUCUCACAAUCCCUGCAGUUUUAGAGAAAAAACGGUGCAAAACAUGUGGUGGAUGUCAGGUUCUUUUAUUUUGAUGAUUAGUUUCUUACAUUCAGAGCUGUGUUUCUGUAUUUUCUCAGAGAACUAUGAUGAAAUUCAAUGCUUAGAAUAAAAUAAUUACAUCUGAAAACUGAUUUUGUAAAAUGUCAAAAGUGAACAUAGUCAGUACCAAAGCCAAGUGUCUGUUUGAUUUAUCCAGAGUAAUCCCAGUACAUUCUUUGUCAUUCUUGGCAAAUGCUUUUGCCCCAUCUAUGCUCUAGCUUUAAGUGUGUGUGUGUGUGUGUGUGUGUGUGUGUGUGUGUGUGCACGCACGCACAAAGUAAAAUACGCAGAAUGGGUGGAUUGAUUACAUGUCUGUUUAGAAUGUGUAUUUUGAAUAAUCCUUUUUUAUAUAUAUAUAUACAUGCAGUGCAUAUGAGGGUGUGUGUGUGAGAGAGAGAGAGAGAUGUGUUUCUGUAUUACGCUUGCAACCCUUUUAGUAAACUCAAUAAAGCUUUUUUUUCUAAGAAUGCCAUGUAA